UGUAUUUGCACGAUAUCUUUUCACCCGCGCUGCUUGUGCCUCGCUUCCCACAGAGAGCCGCUGUGAAAAUACAUAUUAGGGAAAACGCUGCAAAGCCGGGAAAAACGGAAACGCCAGUUGAAAGUGUGGACAAUACGACAGUUUUCCUUAGAUCCUUACCAGCACCAGUUACAGACUUCGCUGCAAUACAGCUAGAGCAAAAAAAAAGAAACUCGGCUUGUGAGUGUGUGUGUGUGCCAGUGCGUGUGUGAUUGACUCGAAUUUCAAAUCGUAAUAUUGGAGUUUUCGAAAACGCGUCUUUUGCUUUUUUUACUGCCCUGUUUUGGGUAUUUAUAUAUAUAUAUUUUUUUUUUACCUGUGCCUGCGAACCUCGGUUCGCGACUUGUGAAAUCAUCGGCCAUCGGCCAUUGUUGUGAAAGAGCGGCUGUCUGGGCCUGGGUUCUCCUACCUGGCGCUAUAAUCGCCGCCCCUAAAUGAAAUAAUAAAAAAAUAAAUAAGAAUAACAAUAAAGCUAAACUGCUGCCGACGGGCUUUUGCUUUUGUUUGCGGUUAAAAUAUUUGCGGGCUUCACCAGCGGCGCCUCUCGGAAUUGGAUUCCAGUUCGAAUUCGGAAUCGCGAGCGCUGAUCUCCUGACCAGCCCAAGAUCCGUAUUAUGCGACCGCUGCCAUGCUGCUGAGACAACGCCUGGAUAACGGCUAGGGCUGUGGACUAGGAUCGGGUUGAGGAGCAUGACGUGCAGCAGGAUGUGGAUCAGGAGUCGCUGGCUGGGCCUGCUGCUCCACUAUUGGCUGGUCGUGGUUACGCAAGGCGGUGGCGUACGUCCGCUUUACGGACUCCAUUCCGACGAACUGGUGGCGGGUGAGGGGCAGUUGGUGGUGCCACGACGCGUUCAUCCCGAUGGUGCGUUUAUGACCCACCAAUUGGAGUACGCACACGAACUGGAUCAUCGGCGGCAUCGGCAGAGGCGCAGCCUGAACUCGGAACACGAUACCCAGGCGGCGGACCUGCAUCUGCUGUUGCCGCUGGCGAACGAGACACUGCAUCUGGAGCUUAUGGCGCACAGCUACUUUCUGGCCCCGAAUCUGGUGGUGGAGCGCCACCGGCGGGAUCUGCGCACUCGGUCACCGUUGACAACGCGGCACCUCAACUGUCACUUCCAUGGAAAGGUGCGCGGCCAACCGGCCACCAAUGUGGCCAUCUCCACAUGCGCCGGACUGGUGGGUCACAUCCGGACGGCAGGCAAUGAGUACUUCAUUGAGCCCUCGAAGGAGCACGAGCCGCAUCCGGUCAACGGGCAUCCGCACGUGGUCUUCCAGCGCUCCUCCGUCAAACCGAAGCAUUCGUUGCGAAAGCGAAACAAGCGCAAGCGGGGCGGCAAAUCGGGAUCCGGAGCCGAGGUCAGCAAUUGCGGCACGCGGGAGCCACGCCGUCGAAUGGAGACGAGACUGGAGUGGCAGGCCAGGGGCAAGGUGAAGGUCCAGGGAGGCCGUCAAAUUAGGCGCCACCAUCACCACCACCACCAUCAUCAUCACAAGCACAAGUACCGCCAUCAUCAGCAGAAAAUCAGCAGAGUUCCGCACACCAAGUUCAAGUACGAGACGCAGUUCCAAACGGAGCCGGAUCACGCAGAGAUUCCCCGGCGCAGGCGAUCCAUCAGCAGUCCACGGCAUGUGGAGACGCUCAUCGUGGCCGAUGCCACCAUGUCGGCGUUUCACAGGGACCUCAACGGCUAUCUGCUGACCAUCAUGAACAUGGUGUCCGCAUUGUACAAGGAUCCCAGCAUUGGCAACUCCAUCGAGAUCGUUGUGGUGCGCAUUAUCCAACUGGACGAGGAGGAGUCCCAGCUCCAGCUGAAUCUCACGCAGAAUGCGCAGAAGAACUUGGAUCGGUUCUGCAGUUGGCAGCACAAACUGAACAAGGGCAGCGAAAAGGAUCCGCAUCACCAUGACGUGGCCAUUCUCAUCACGCGGAAGAACAUCUGCGCCAACAACUGCAUGACUCUCGGCCUGGCCAACGUGGGUGGCAUGUGCAAGCCGAAGCAAUCGUGCAGCGUGAACGAGGACAAUGGCAUCAUGCUCUCGCACACCAUCACCCAUGAACUGGGCCACAACUUCGGGAUGUUCCACGAUACGGCGAAGAUCGGCUGCCAUCCGCGCGUGGGUCCCAUUGUGCACAUCAUGACGCCCACUUUUGGGGCGGACACCCUGCAGGUUUGCUGGUCGAACUGCAGCCGCAAGUAUAUCACACAUUUCCUGGAUCAGGGAUUGGGCGAGUGCCUGGACGAUCCGCCGACGCCCUUGGAUGAGUACAACUACACGGGCGAGCUGCCGGGCAUGCGAUACAAUGCGAGGGGCCAGUGCCGCCUGCAGUUCAACUUGACCACGGACAGCGAGGUGGGCGCCUGUUCCGCCCCCCACGAAUUCUGCUCGACGCUGUGGUGCAAGGUCAACGGCGAGUGCGUCACCCACAUGCGGCCCACAGCGCCGGGCACAUUGUGCGGUCGGAACAAGUGGUGCCAGAACGGCAAGUGCGUCCGACGCGAGGAGCUGGCGGCGGUCAACGGGGGAUGGGGCGAUUGGAGCGAGUGGAGCGAGUGCUCGCGAAGCUGCGGCGGCGGCGUGUCCACGCAGCAGCGGGAAUGCGACAAUCCGGUGCCGGCCAAUGGCGGUGUCUUCUGCAUUGGCGAACGGAAGCGGUACAAGAUUUGCCGGAAGCGGCCGUGUCCGGCGGAGGAGCCCAGUUUCCGGGCGCAGCAAUGCGCUCGGUUCGAUAAUGUCAGCUACCAGGGUGCCACCUACAAGUGGCUGCCCUUCUUCGAUAAGAAUAAUCCCUGCAAGCUGUUCUGCAGCGAUGUGGACGACACGAUAAUCGCCAACUGGGGCGCCACGGUGCUGGACGGGACACCCUGCACCUUGGGCACGAACAACAUGUGCAUCGACGGCAUCUGCAAGAAAGUUGGUUGCGAUUGGAUCGUCGACUCGGAGGUGCAGGACGAUCGGUGCGGUGUCUGCGGCGGUUCUGGCGAUCAGUGCCAGCCGGUGAGGGAGACCUACACGGAUCCGUUUGCCGCCAAGGAUGGCGCCUAUGUGGAAAUCGUCACCAUACCGGCACGGGCGCGGCACAUUCUCAUCCGCGAGCUGGCCAAUUCGCCGCACUUUCUUGCCAUUGCCACGGGCGACGGCGGGGAUCGAUUCUAUUUGAACGGGGAUAGCCUCAUCUCCAUGCCCGGCGAGUUUGAGAUCGCUGGCGCCGAGAGCCUCUACGAUCGCGUCGACGAGCAGGAGACCAUCACAAUACCUCAGCCCAUCCAGCAUUCCAUAUCGUUAUAUGCGAUUGUGCGCGGCAAUGAGAGCAACGCUGGCAUUUUCUACGAGUUCACCCUGCCCGCACUGAAUGUGACCGCUGGCAGGCAGUUCCAGUGGCGCCUGAGCAACUGGACCGCCUGCUCCGCCAGCUGCGGCGGUGGCGUGCAGCACCGUGAGCCCAUCUGCCAGGAGAACGGCAAGGCCUUGGGUGAUACGCUGCCCUGCUGGACGCACGCCAAGAACAAGAGACCGGCCCGGCAAUCGCGAGGAUGUGGCGACCAGCCAUGUCCUGCCCACUGGUGGCCAGGUCCUUGGCAAUUUUGUCCGGUCACCUGUCGUCCAGUUGGAUUUGUGGCGCCACCUCAGCGCCGGCGAUCCGUCGUCUGUCUGGACGAACACGAUGUGGUGGUGGCCGAUGCCGAAUGUGGUCACCUGCAGAAGCCGGCGGAAAUGGAGCCCUGCGAAUCCUCGCUGCCGAUCUGCAGGACCAAGUAGCACAGGACACACUCCCUAUUUAUUGACGCCACCGAAGGAUCAGUGCGUUGUUAUGGAACAUAUUUAUUCAGCGAGUAAGCGAUCAUCCCAGAUGUACUUAACUAACUAUACGCACGCAC